AUGGCGGGGCUGCAGUCAGAGAACAUCUCCAUCAACUCCACGCGGCUGCCGGAGCAGAGCACGUCAGAUAAGGAUAUCUGCGUGUUCUGCCUCCGCCGCGCCACCCCCUCCGCCUCCGACCCGCAUGCGCCGCUCUUCCCCUUCUUCUCUCUCGUCGACUGCCGCCACUACGCAUGCCAGCCGUGCGCGCUCGUCCACUGCGACAAUGCUGGCCGACGCAUCUUCUGCCCCAAGUGCCACUGCGUCUCUCGACUGGCGCAGUCGGGUCGGCGGCGCACGCGCAGCGCCGCAGCGGCCACCGACGCCGAUGUAGACCGCGUAUCCAUCGACGACGGCGUGUCGUCCACCCGGUCUCGCCGCACCCGCACUGGCACGACGCCACACCGCAGUGCUCUAAAGGGUAAGAGCGGGACCUUGAAGCGGCGCGCCAGCUCGGUUCAGUUUCCGGCCAAUCCAACGACAUCCAUCGUGCCUGGAGACGGCGUCAGCAUCGCGAGCAGCGCAGUGGCGGUCCCAUCAGAAGGCGACAGAGCCGGUGAGCAGCACGAUCAGCGCAGGGCGUCGUCGCCCUUAACCCAGGAGGCCGUUGACGCGCUCCCGCUCGACCCAGUGGAAGCACGGCGUCGACGGACUCGCGAGCAGCAGCAGCAGCAGCAGCUCCGCUCCGCUGAAGCCGCGGCUAAGGCAGAGAAGGCAGUAGGCCUGUACGCUAUCACAGCCGCGCCCCCGCCGAAGGUGGCGCCCCCUCCGCCAUCUGCCUCCGCCGCCUCGGGCACCGCCACCAACGAAGGCUUCAAGAAAGCAAAGGACCGCUCGCGCUCGCAGCCGGUGCCGAAGCUCCCAUACACAAUCCUGGAACCGAAGGAGGAGUACCCGGUGCCCCCUCCGCUGGUGCUGCACACGGUAGAGGAGGAAGAGACACAUGCCCCUGCCGCUACUGGCGACAAGGACCGGGACCCUAAACCAGUGCUACCCGCAGCAGCAGCCGCGGAUGCGGCCGCUGCAGCAACGGCCGAAGAGGAUGUGAAGGCAGAGAAGGGUGCAUCGGCCUUGGCGUCUGCUUCGAAGACGUCGGUGCCGCCGCGGCAGAGGGAGGAUGAAGUCAAGGUAGCCAUGGCGGCAUCUGCGGACAAGUCGCAGACAACUGGCGUGCUGCCGCCGCCCACCGACCCCGCCGAGGAGCUCGCGCGACCGCAUCAGCUACUGGACGACUGCGAGAACACCGAGGCUGAGGAGCGCGGCGUCGUUCGAGACCUCGAGGCGCACGAGCGGGCCGCCCUGAUGCAGCGGAUGGAGGAGGAGGACACGGCCAUUCGUGCGCGCCGAGGCCUGGUGCUGGAGUUUGAUUCAACACCCAUCCUGCCCCAGCAACAGCAGCCAACACUGCAGAACCAGCACCCGCAUCACGAUAACACCGGAUCCAUCUCCUUGGUCGACUUCUCCGACCAGGUCAGCGUCACCUCCGACGACGAGCUGUCGCAGCGGGCAUCUGGGCACAAGUCGGCCACCCGCAGUAACAGUACAAGUCGUCGGCGACGUCGCACCUCUGUCAACGGCGCCUCAGAGCUGCGACCACAGCCGCAUGAAAACAUGGCUGGCGAACUAGACGCGAGGGUAGAGAAGGGUGGUCAGGCGACCGCUGCCGGCACUCCUGGCGAUGCUCUCUCCAGUGCCGCGAAGUCCGUCGCAGGCUCGGGCUCGGCCGAGAACACGCUCUCGCCCAUAAACGCCGCCCGCCAAGGCCGGGUCUCGGCAGGCGAGCAGGUCGACGAUGGCGGCAAAGUCAUCGCGGCCAGAGCGGCGGAGGCGGAGGCGGAGGCGGAGGCGGAGGCCAAAGCCAAGGAAGAAGCCGAAGCCGCUCGUGCAGCGGCGGAGGCCGAAGCGCAUGCCGAAGUAAUUCGAACUGCGGAAGAGGCCAGGGCUCUCGCAGAAGGGCAGGAAAGGGCACGGCAGCGGCAGUUGCAACGUGAAGCAGCCGAAGAAGCAGCCGAGCAGAAGCGGCAACAGCAGCGACAGGAAGAGGAGGUGGUGCGCCAACGCCAGCAGCACGAGGAGCGGGCGGCUUUUGCUUGUCAGGCUCUGCAAGACCGCGAGGAACUUGCGCGAGAGGCGCUGGAGCAGUCUGAGGCGGCCGUGCGUGAACACUACGAACGCGGCGCUGAUGAGUGGCUAACAGCGGCGUUGCCGCAUGAGCUGGUGGCGCAGCGGCUGGUCCGUGCGGCAGCGGAGCACAGGCUCCAGCAGGAGCGGCAGCAGGCGCAGUUGGCCGCGGAAGAAGGCCUCAACCGAGACGAAGUGGAGGAGGCGGAGGCUAACGCGUGGUCUUGGCUGCUCUCCGGUGCCCGCGUUGACCGUGUGCUGGCGGCGACCGAGGAGGGCGACCGCGUGCAGCGAGAGUACGAAGAGCUGCGUUUGGAGCGGCUUCAGCUGCAGCUCCGUGAAGACACGGCAGAGCUUGUUCACGAAGAGGCGCACGGUCGAGCCUCAUUUAUCGAGUACGAGGCUGCAACGCGCAGUCUCCUGCGGAGCCACCACGCGGUGCAGCGGCAGGCGCUUGCGGAGGGCGAGCGGCAGCAGGAGGCCGAAUUUUUUAAAAAGGCGGCGGCGCGCCGAGAGGCAGCACUCCGCCAGCGCUUUCAGUGGGAACUCGAUGAGUUGGAUGUGGAGGAGGUCGGCGGCCGCGCGAUGCUGCGUGAGGUGGAGAGGGAGGAGCGGCGAACGGCGCACCUCAUGUUCCUGCAAGCACUGGCGUCGAUUCGGCGCAAGGAGGUGUUGGCGCAGCACGCGGCUGCCGUUGCAGACGAGCCUGGUGGCUCCUCUGUGUUGUCCGAGGCGCCAACGAUGAUUGCUGCACAGACGCACCGUCGAGUGCAGCAGCGGCAGACGGAUGCCGCUUUUCCGCUGAUGAUUGAAGAGGACGGAGACGGUGCCGACGCCGCCGCCGCUGAUAUGGCCGGAGCGGCGACGCCGCCGCAGCUCCGCACUCCGCUCAUUACGGCGAAGGAGCUGGCGGAGCUGCGCGCGCGCGAAGCUUCGUACGCCGCUGAGCUGCAGGUCGCCUUGGAACGCCUGCGGGAAGCUGAGCGGCGUGUUGCGGAGGAGGCGGCCAUCCGUGCGCAAGCGGAACAGGAGCGCCAAGCGGCGCACGCUGAGUCGCAGCGCCUCGUACGGGAAGCCGAGCAGCGGGCCGAGCAGCGCAUCCACGAAGCACGCGAUGCGGCAGAGCAGCUGCUGCAGGCGCAGCUUGCCGACUUGCGCGAUGAGGCGGUCCGCCGUGCUGAGCACGCGGCAGUCAUGCAGGCCCUCGCUGAGGAAGAGCAGCGAGCGGUCUUAGAGGCGAAGCUGCAGGCUGCGCAGCGUCAGUUGGACGAGGCGCAGCAGCGGGCACAGGAGGAGGUGCGUCGCGCGCGCGCAGACGCGGCGGAGAUGGCAGCCGCGGACGCCGCCCGUGCGGCCCGCGAAGCCCAGCGCCGCGACGAAGAGUGGCAAGAACGGUGCCGCGCGGAACACCUCCUGCGGCUAGCUGAGCAGGAGCGUGAAAAGGAGGAAGCGGUCCGUCGCCUUGCCGAAAUCGAGGCGCGCGCCGCAGAGGCGGUGCGACUGGCGCGCGAGGAAGCUGCACGGACCACAGCGGAGGCGCAGGAGCGGCUGGGGGAAAUGGAGCGGAGGCAGCAAGCGCGGGAGGCGGAGGUGCAGUCCGCGGCGCAGCGCGUGCGUAGUGCACGGGACAGCCUGCGUGCGUUCGACUCGAGCGCUCAAUCAUCGCGGUACGCGACCCCAUUCAGAGCGGUGGUACCAGGGCAGAGACGGCCAACAAGCAGCAGCAGCCAUAGGGCGCCAAGCCUCGUCGCAGUCUCCUCCGCCCACGCCACCCACACGGCGGGAUCUGUGGCAGCGCAAGCGUCUGUGCACACUCCCCUGCAAACCCCGCCGCUGGUUCCGUCCUCGUCCCGCACAUCCUCGGCGAUGCGCCGUCAGCCGUCGGCGCAGUCACCGACGCCGCACGUUGCCGCAAGGGCACCAGCAGCAGGGACGGCAGCAUCCUUCGCCCCAUCUGACACGACACCCCCAAGGGUGAUUAUCAGCUCACAGCACACACCUCUCUCUCCGGCAGUCGCACCGGGCCUCGGGCGCAGCGGAGCUGCCGUGCCGUCGUCCUCCGCGUCCGCUGCCGGCGCCACCAGCCUUGCCGCGAUGGACCCGGCGGAUAUCAUUCGCGCCGCCAUCCGCUCUGCCGUGCAGGAAAUCGUCGAGGCGCAGCAACGGACCCAAACACUGCAGGAUCGCGCCGAGCAGAACGUCGAGCUCAGCGAGCGCCGCUAUCACCGCCGCCAAAGCGAUCGCCUGCGUGCCGAACGCGACGUCGCGGUCAUCGAGUCCUCUUACGCUGCGAGUGAAGUGGACGAGAGCGAGGCGCGGCACCAGCGCCGGUGGGCAUGGUCCCAGCAACCGCAGCAGCGGACCCGGCACCGCCAGCCGGUGCGCGGCGACGAGCGCGACAGCCGCAUCGCGGCCUCGCGCAUGUCAGAGGAGCGCCUGCAGUCGGCUCGCUCCUCUCGAGGCGACUACGCACAAGAGGUGAGCGAAAGCCCGUGGACGCGCAGCUCGUCCUCGCCUGCAUUACACCUGUCACCGGCAGGCGCACCACUGUCAACCGCAGCCCCUGUCGCCGCAGCCCGCUCGGUAAGCAGCAACACGUUGCCCAGCACGUCGUCUGUGUACUUCGACAACAGCUACCGGCCCUCGGCGGCCGCACUCGGGGCGGCGCACCAGCGUUACGGGCGCAACGGGUGCGAUUACGCCGCCGUCCCGCAGCAGCAGCAGCAGCGCCUGGCAUCCUUUGCGCCAUACAGCUCGGCGUCUCGAGUUCUCUUCGCACCUCGUGUGGUGCAUCAGGCCCGCGAGGCGUGGGCUGCCGAGGACGGCGAGUUCAGCUACGCACAGCGCAUGCAUCUCGGGGUCGGUGCGCACGCCUACUCGCACGUCGCCUUUCAGCAGCAACAGCGGUACGCCACUGGAGCCCCUCAGCCUCUUCCUCGACAGCCGCUUCUUCAGACCGUCGGCGUCACCGCGGCAGUCCCUUCCGUGGCGCACGCCUACAACGAGCCAGAGCCGCUCCCGCCAGCGCCGGCGGCGAUGGAAUACUCGCCGCCGCCUCGCCGUAGCACCACACGCGCCGCAGCAGAGGCGGUGCCACAGCAACAGCAUCAGCCCGCAGGUGCAGACUCUAACGUGGAUUGUGGUGGCGGCAUCGGCGCACUUCCGGAGCCAAGCCGCAUGUGUCCACGCUGCUACCGCACAGACACCACCUCCCCAUGCUGGCGUUGCGGCGAGAUGAUCUGCAGGCACUGCGGGUUACCGCCCGGCUCAGCGCGGAAGCUGUGCUGCACCGCGCACCACCGCGCGCAGCUGCGUGAAUUUACGCGGCGCAAGACCUACGAGAGCGGCAAGGCGGCCACCGCCGUCGGAGCUGGCAAGGUGCCGUCGCCCCCGCCGCCUCAGCAGCAGCAACAGCGUCUUCGCGGAGAGCAGCAGGUGCAGACUUCCUUUGCUUCCUCAACAGCCAGCGCUCGAACCCACGAUGCUGCGCACUUUGCAGAUGAGCCGGCAGUCCGGCUCGACGUGGGCACGUCACCGCUCACAAGCAUGUCGCCACCGCCCAUGAUAUCCCCGUCGGCGUACCGGGUACCGGAGCAGCGUGAGCGGCAGCAACAGCUACCACAAGCGCAGCCACACUACCCUACUGGUUACCAAGCCUUCACGAUGGCGGGGCCGGCGGCACCGCCACAGCAGCCAAUAUAUUCGCCAGGCUACCAUCCAGCCGCAGCGGCGUACCCCUACGCGUACUCACACCCAACGCCGCAGCCGCAUCAGUUGCCGCCCCACCAGCUGCCAUUCUACGCCGACAGCGAGAGACCCCAUACGAUGCGGCCACCGCUGGACCCGUAUGUGCAGCCAUUCGGCCAGCCGCAGCCCUAUGCUCCAUUCGGUUACUCGGUUCGUGCCGCGACGGCUGCGCUGGGGAGCGCUACGACUGCCGCUGACUUUGCAGCACCUAUCACUGUGCCCGAGGCGCAGCGACAGCAGGGGACGGCAGUCGUGGCAGCAGAGGCUUUGGCAGCACAUGAACUGUCUCCGCCCGCGAGCCGAGCGGCGGCUUUCAGUGUCGUCGCCAUGCCUCAUGCUUUGCCUGCAGGGCUAACCCAGUCACCGCCACCACCCUCGGCACUGCCUCCGUCGCAGCAGGAAGAAGCACGUGAGGUCAUGGCUCUUCGUGACGCUGAGGGCGGCGCCAUGGCUGAGGCAACGGCACCCGCAGCGGCAGCUGUGAAUGGCACACCGGAUGCGCAAGUGCAGCGGCAUCCGCCUGCGUCGACGCGGGACCAUGAGGACCGCGCAAAUGUGGAGGCGAAGCAGCCAGCGGCGGCUGAAAACCUUACCUUGCCGAACGCGACCGUAGCUGCAGCUGUAGCCGGAUCGGCGGCAGCAGACGCAAGUCUGCCCGGUAGCGCACCGGAGAAGCAGGGCGGUACGACUACACACGGGGAUGCUGGGUCGACCCCGGAUGGCGGCGCGGCGGCGGCGGCGGCGGUUCUUGAGGAGCCCAAGACGGAGCGAAAGAAGACAUUCCCGGCAUUUUUCGUGUCGCUCGGCGACGGCGGCGACGCUGCGGAGCCGCGCCGGCCGAAGCCUCCGACGCCGCGGAACUUUGUGCCAAGCCAGUUGGUGCCGCCGCCGCCGCCGAGGAAGCAGCAGCGGAGGACCUUACCGUAUGGUAUGCUACUCACGUCGCAGAACCGCAAUGGUUGGCAGUCGGCGCAUCGCCAGCAUCAGUCCCGCAAACUCUCUCCGCUUCACGCCCACGAAAUGAACUGCGCACGUAAUAGUCGCAAGAGCGUCAGCCCCUGUCGUGGCUUUGGGGCGCAGCGCCGCCAGCGGCACACGUCCCCCAGCCCGUACGAGCAAGCCCCAAAGGUCAGCGGCGCAAGAGAUGGACCGAGGAAGACGCCGUCCCACCCGCCAUCGAAGCAGCCGCAGCGGCCGCAUGUCCAUGCUAACGACACGGUAGCCUCCAUGACGAAGUCCAUUAAGUCCUACAUCAAGUCCCUCUCUCCCAUGGUUGUGGUGGAUGAGUCCGGCGCUGCGGUCGUGUACGAGGACGUACACAAGGUGGAGUCGAACAACCCCUGGAUGCAGCAGCAGCCGCAGCAGCGACCACAGGAGUGGAGCGCCACCGCCACCCCAGCUGCCCAUGACAUCUACCUCCGUAGCGGCGGCGUCAGAGGCGUUGUGGCCGAAGCAGAGCGCAACCACCCUGAGUCGAGCCAUGAUCAGAGCAAGGCGGGCCUCUAUUACGUCGACGCACCAUCGCAACCGCAUGAUUCCUUGUCGCACCAGCACCAGCACCAGCGCUCGUCCCACAGUGACUCCUACUACCCGUACUUCACGUCCUCCGGUGCGACAAGUGAGACGCAGUCUCAGCCUCCUCAGCAACAGCUGCAGCAGCACCUGUACGCGCCACCACAGUCGCACAUACCAGCUCAAACCUCCUAUGCUGCCCCGUUCGUGGAUCGCCGUGUGCCGACGCUUGCAGAGCUCGAGAAACGCCUGCAGCAGCUGCGGAUCGUGGACGAGUACGAGGCUGCUCAGUACCAUCGGCGUCAAGCGCAGCACGCGCACCACCAACAGCAGCAGCGCAUUCACGUGCUUCUUCACACCCCCGGAGCAGUGGCUGUGGGCGGCAACACCGGGGCGUUCGUGACGGCAUCCUCGUGUGCCGCUCGUGAACUAGUACAGCCGCAACAGCGACGCCACAACAGCGCAACAGGGGGGCACCCGCAGCAGCGCACAGUGUCGCCGCCGUGGCGAACGGACCUUAACUCGAGUCCGGUGCGACCGCGGUGGGACAUCAGUCAGCCUCGCUCACCCAUCUAUCACCCGGCGCCAGCAACGAUGACUGGAAAUUGA